AUGACCCCGCUGGACUGCUGCGUUGCAGCAUCCAAUGCUCCGGCAUGGCGAAUGCUCAAAAAUGCAAGUGGCGGACAAGCCAAACACAGGAAGUACGAGGCGGAGUACCGCUCUGUGCGUGCUGCUGUCUCCUCCAAUUGCCUCUUCUUAAUGCGCAACGUUCACCUGCGGCAGGAAGAGGAUGUCAAGAAGGGUAAGGUCGAUUUGGGAGACUUGCUUCAUCUUGCAGUCAGCGCGAGAGGUGUGGGAGAAGAAGUUACGCACUACUUGGUUGACCAGGGGGCUGACGUCAAUUCGAUCAAAGAUGGGUUCAGUGUCCUGGAUGCCUGCCUUGCCCAAAAUGCAGUGAGCGAAAGCGUGCUAGGGAAGCACGCCAAGCUGUGCAAAUACCAGGGCUACACUUUGUGCAUGGCAGCAAAAGAAGGGCUGGCAGGCCUGGCACGCUAUUUGGCUAGCACUGCGCGGAAGGGCAGCAAAGAUGGAACAAGGCAAAGGGAUUGCGGCUAUUUGCCCCUGCAUCUUGCUGCCAGCCAGGGACAUGCCGAAACAGUCAAGGUUUUAUUGAAAGCCAGCUGCAAUGUUCACGAGCAGACUGAUGGUGGUCACACUGCUCUCGAUUUGGCAUGCGAAACCCUCGCUGCAUCCGCGCCAAAUUCCGAGGUCUAUUCCAAACUUUGCCGCACCAUUGACAUUUUGCUGUCCCGCAACUGUAAGCUGAAGGAAUUUCGAGGAGAAAGAGAGCUGGAGAACGCGAAACAGCACAUCCUGAAGGAGUUGAAGGCUGAACCGCGAGAAGACAAGGAAGAAUCGAAGACUGAUGCGCGCAAGCUUGCAAAGCGAAGGCGAGACGAACAGGACGAGCCUUUGAAGAUAGUGGACCGGGAGGUGAAAGCCAAGGUAGCAGAAGAAGAGAGGAAGGCGGAGUACUACAAGGAGGCUGAGAAGUUGGCCAAAAAAGUCGCGGAAAGCCGGGAGGUACUCCAAGCGAGUUGGAGAGGUGACGGAGACAAGUUGCCAGAGUACUUGUCAAGCAAGUACUACCAGAUCCGGAUUGACGUGCUUCGGAGGAAGAUCCAGGAGAGAGAUCAACACAUUGAAGAAGCCUUGAAGAAGAUGGACUUCGCAGAAGAGGACUACUUGUGGCUACUUCGGAAGAAGAUGAGAGAUUUGAGGCUGAAGUACCAUCCUGACAAGAUCAACGACAGACAGCCUACUGACGAGGAUUACAAGUUCUACGAGCGCAUCACAAAGGCAUACGAUGUCCUGUCCACCAAAGAGGAACGGGACAAGUACUUGGAGAUGGCCAAUCAUGUGGAAUGGUUGCAGCAACGUGGAGAAGCUGAAGAAGCACGGCUUGUUGAAAAGGCAAUGUACGACAUGGAAGCUCCACAGAAAAAGGUGAAGAAAGAUGACAAGAGAGAAGAAGAAACUGGACAACCGCCUCGAGAACAUGUUGAGAGGGCCAAGAAGAAGCUCCAAGAAAGGCAAAAUGAGGAAACGUGGGAGAAGCCUGACAAGAUCAAAGCUUUGAUUUUGGGCACUCCAAACAAAUGCAAGGCUCCAGUUGUGACAGCACAGCGGUUCUCUGAACGCUUGGAGCAGUGCUGGAUUGACAUUGAAUGGACAUGCAAGAUGGCGUGUGCAUCUGCUGAGCGCAUUGAGUACGAACUGCGGGUGCAGGCCAUCGGCAAAAGUUCAGAGGCAUGGGACGAGGUCUACCAUGGUUGGGAAAGCAGUGUUUCACUGGGACCAUUCCCUGUUGGCUCUUACGAGUUCAUGGUCAGAGCUCGAAACAGCAUAGGCUGGGGAGAGUGGAGUGAUGUGGUGGUGGUCACAUUGGAUGAUCCGAAGUGGGAAAAGCAGCAGCGGAAGGAGGCAGAGACCCAGGUGCUGCGAGAGCAAGCAAAGACAAUAUCCCAUGAGUUGCAAGCAAUUCUUGAUGAGUUCGAG